UUUUCUUCUACGUUGUGUUGGGCGUCGUCUCUGACCACGAGCAUGUCGACACUAGGGCCAUAUUCUGGAUUUGCGGAAUCUGUAAUAGUUUAAAGAUGCCCUGACACGCGCGCUCGGCGUACGACGUAGAAUAUAUCCUGCUCUCGUCGGCGAUCUCCCUCGUCCUCGUACAACAAGCACAUCUUGAACGAAGGUGCUCUGCUUGAUGCCUUCAGUCAUCAUUUGGGCGUUGCCCCAGAAAUAUUAUGGCCCAUUUUGGCAAUAUGGGUGUUCAUGUGUGUGACCUGGUUACUGGCUUGCGUUGUGCGUAUUCUACGAGCUGGUUUUGCCAUUCCCUCCCGUUAUACGAUGAACUUCAUAAAAUUAUCAACUAGAAGCUGUUGCUUAGCUCUGCAUGUGCAGGGCGUUGAUUAUAACUCUUAGACCUGACCUUCUGUUUCGUUGUGCGGCGGAGACUGGCUUGCUAACAACCUUCCCUCAGUCCCUAUGCCCGUCGUGCAAAAGUGAUGGUUGAUUAUUACGAUUUGUAUCUAUUAGCAACGUAAUGUGAAUGCGUUCGCUCGCUUCGGUCGACAUUUUGCUCUCUACGUUGUCUACUUCGUCAUGGCUAAAGUCGAUUCGUAUCAUGUCCCGAAGGCCGCACGCCGUCCGACACGAUACGGUUUGGUUCUAAGUCUCGUCUCUGUUACUCUGAUAUCCUACUUUGCCUAUUCGCGCGACAGUUACACGGUCUGCUCUUCAACGCACUCGAUCUACACUGUGGAUGAAGUCCGUCCGACUGCCGAAUGCAUCUCUGUGCACAAAGGGAGGAUAUCUGCCGUGGGGAGUAUGGGCAUGGUACAACGGCUUCUCCCUUCGUUCAUGUAUCCUCUGGCGGUUCGGCUCCUGGAACCAGGGCAGAUUAUCGUGCCCGGCCUCUCAGAUGCGCAUGCACAUUUUCUGCAGCAAGGUUACAAAAUGCAGCUGCAAUUGGACAACGCAAAGUCUGUCGAGGAGGUUGUUGACAGAAUCAAGACAUACAUCAAUGCACACCCCGAGGUGAAGGAGGAUAAGACUCGCUGGAUAGAAGGAAUGGGUUGGGACCAGACGAAAUGGGCUGGCGCGUCGUUCCCUUCAGCUGCGGAUCUUUCCAGAGAUCCAUUGCUCGCAGGACGGCCAAUACAUCUGCUAAGAGUCGACGUUCACGCCGCCUGGGUGUCCGAGCGGGUUCUCGAACUGAUAGAUCCUCUUCCCGCUGACGGAGAUGUGGAUGGUGGGAUCAUAGUGCGAGAUGGAUCGGGCAAGCCUACUGGAAUCUUCGUGGAUAACGCCAUGGCGCUUAUCCCUAGUCCCCCAUGGGCCCCGGAUCAAUAUUCCCGGUUCUUUGAAACCGUCGCCGCAGAGGCGCUCAAGUUCGGUUUAACUACCAUUCACGACGCAGCCACGGAUCCAGCUUCGGUCGCAUUUUUCAAACAAGUCGCCGAUUCAGGAAAGCUCCCGCUCCGACUGUAUUUGAUGGCUUCACCAGCUGGCGAAAACUUUACGAACUGGGAUCCUAUGAAGGUUGAAAAACUGAUCAACUACGGUCCUCAAGAACGACUGACUUUGCGAAGCGUCAAACUCUUCACAGACGGCGCAUUGGGAUCAUGGGGCGCUGCGCUAAUUGAGCCUUACGCUGAUCAGCCAAAUAUGCGUGGAAUUUUGCGAAGUCCACUGGAAACCAUGGACGGUUUCAUUCGCGAUGCUUGGAAUGCGGGACUCCAAGUGAAUGUGCACUGUAUCGGUGAUCGGGCAAACCAGGUUGUGCUGGACAUAUUCGAAAAGCUUCAGCUUGAUAGUGGAGUCUCUAUUGCCAACUACCGUCCCAGAAUCGAACACGCGCAGAUCCUGCAGACAUCAGACUUGAUUCGCAUCGGACGGCUUGGAGUGAUCCCAAGCGUGCAACCGACACAUGGGACGAGCGAUAUGGGCUACGCGGAGUCCCGGCUGGGCCCGGAACGGAUCAAGGGAGCAUAUGCAUAUCAGACGCUUCUGCAAUCUUCGCCCAACAAAAUUUUGCCCCUGGGCUCAGACUUUCCCGUAGAGGGAGUGAAUCCACUGCUGGGAUUCUAUGCCGCUGUUUCCCGUCUCGAUCCGAACGGCAACUCGCCGCAUGGCCCCGGAGGAUGGUUCCCUUCAGAAAGAUUGACGCGCGCUCAAGCUCUCAAAGGAAUGACACUGGAUGCGGCGUAUGCGUCCUUCUCCGAGGGCGAUCUCGGCUCUUUGGUCGUUGGAAAGCGGGCAGACUUUGUGGUACUCGACCGAGAUAUCAUGACUGUCGAUUUAGGAGAUAUUUUGGAUACGAAAGUGGUGGCUACUGUGAUCGACGGGAAGGUGGAAUACGGUUCCAUCCCCUCCUGGACCGUCGCACAGUUGCUGCGCGCCUAUGCUGCCCAGAAGUAGCUGUACAUACAUACACAACUUGCGGACAUGCGCAUCAGAUGCGAGUGGCGAUGCCAUUUCGUCGUACUUACUUGCAAUUGACUUCCAUGGCGCUUGUCAAACGCGCCAAAUUCAAAUCCUCGGACUCGGACGACUCUCACGGGCAAACGGAUGACACUAACGAGGACUCGGUCGAGACGGCUUCGGCUCUGCACGCUGAGAAGAAGAAACACAAGAAAUCACGACCUAUAAUAGCCUACAAGCGUUUUCUGUUCCCGUUAGGCCUUAUAACAGGUGCCCUUAUCGCGUUCUCACUUAUCGAACCGCGCGACAUCCAAGACUUGCAUGCACAUUUGACGCUUCUCCUGGGCGAAUACGAUCUAGCUUUGCCCAAUAUCCCUGGACUGGAUCUUUCUGCGCUUGAAACGGAGUGGCAGCGGUUGAGGAGCAACAUCCCGGAGGUCUGGAAACUAAGUACGGACGGACGCGAGUUUCAGGUUGGAGAGGCCAUGAAAGAGCGAAAAUUGACUGCGCAGUUUCCUGUCGUGCUGAUUCCGGGCAUAAUAUCCACAAGUUUGGAAUCGUGGUCUACGGAGCCCGAGUAUCGGCCUUUCUUCAGGCAGAAGAUGUGGGGAGGGUUCAGCAUGCUUUCUCAGGUCACCUUCAACCGCGACAAGUGGAUAAAUGCCAUGCUGCUCGACCCGGUUACAGGUCUUGAUCCGCCCGGUGCCAAGGUUCGAGCAGCCGAAGGGAUAGACGCAGCAAGUAUGUUCAUACAGGGAUACUGGAUCUGGUCCAAAAUCGUAGAGAAUCUCGCUGUUGUGAAUUACGACACCAACAAUCUUUACCUUGCACCCUAUGACUGGCGGCUCUCAUUCUCGAAUUUGGAAGAACGUGACGGUUAUUUUUCGCGGAUCAAGACCACCAUCGAAAGCUUCAAGCGUCGGCAAGGCAAGAAGACGGUUAUCGCAGCCCACUCCAUGGGGUGCAGCGUAUGUGUUGCUGGUAUGUGGUUGCCUAGUUAUCUCGACGGUGAAUUGAGCCAUACUAGUAUUUGUUCGUCUGUCUACUUGCUCUUUGCCCCGCUUCGAGAUAUUGACAAUCAAUUCAGCUUCAAAUGGGUCGAAUCCCCUGCCCAUGGCGCAGGUGGACCUACCUGGGUUGAGGACCAUGUCGAGUCAUAUAUUGCUAUCUCUGGAACCCAUUUGGGCGUUGCAAAGGCCAUGACGGCAUUUCUGUCUGGUGAAAUGAAGGACACCGUCCAGAUGAAUCCUGCUGGAGCCUACGCUUUGGAGCGCUUCUUUUCUCGAGCCGAACGACAGAAAUUGUUUCGAUCGUGGGCUGGCAGUGCCAGUAUGUGGGUCAAAGGUGGUGACGCAAUCUGGGGCGGACCAGACGGUGCACCAGACGAUGAGGUCAACUGCACGAUGACACAUGGAGAGCUGAUCGCAUUCAGAGUACAACCUCCUCCGCCUGGAGUAGCUAGUAGUGGACUGGGUGUAGAUGAAGGGGACAGGAAGAACAUGACUGUCGACACCGCGGGAUCCUGGAUCUUGCAGCACACCCCGUCUUCAUUUCAGGUUCUUCGCUGCGCUCCUCGAGUAGUGACAUGGCAGCUGAUCAUCGGACAGAAAAUGAUGGCCACCAACUUCUCAGUUGGGAUAGAACGAGACGAAGAAGUCCUGAGGAAGAAUAACGAAGAUCCGACAAAGUGGUCAAACCCACUCGAGGUCCAACUUCCCUUGGCUCCUUCGAUGAAGGUAUAUUGUGUAUAUGGUCAUGGAAAGCGUUCCUACUGGUACACACAAGCGCCUAACGAGUAUGACGAGGCCGCCGAGAAUGCCUUUGGGUCUCAGCCGCUCUGUGUCGAUGUUGGGGGUGAAGCUUGUCAGGCCAACACCGGGUUGCCUGUGGAAGCACCUUUGAUCAGGAAGAGCUGGAUCGACGCCGAAUACAACGAUGAGAACGUCACUCCCAAGAUCCGAAACGGGGUCAUGAUGGGGGAAGGCGACGGCACAGUUAACCUUAUCAGUUUGGGUGCCAUGUGCGUCGAAGGCUGGAAGCGUCCUCGCUGGAAUCCUGCCGGCAUAAAAGUCACUACAGUCGAACUUCCUCAUCAACCGGUUCUGAACAUGCCCAGAGGAGGAGCCAACACAAGCGAUCAUGUGGACAUUCUGGGCUCAACCGGACUGAACGAAAUCAUCCUCAAGGUGGCCACAGGGGUCGGUCACGAGAUUGAGGAGCGCUUUGUCUCGAACAUCAAAGAAUAUACGAGUCGGAUGCGCUGGGAUGCAGAUUAGACUAGAGUAUAAGUCUUGGUGUAAUUGGUCAUGUGUAAUGUAUCCAUCACGUGGUGUCUUUCGACACGGUCCACGUGCGUAUUGUUGUCACCUGUUUCGCCUGUUGACGACCAGAACCAUGACCUCUCCCCGGACGCUGGGGACCUCGUCGCCGCGCCAGGCGAGCACGGCGUCUCCUCUCCGAGACAGACUACUAUCAAACUCCCCCGACCCAGUCAAGAAUCAAAUCCUCCGGGACUCUGGCCUCGGCUGGUCAGACAGUCCGCAAAACAGCACCCCCACAUCCCCCCUGCGUAUCGCUAAGCGCGACUCACCUUUACGUCGAUUGCCUCAGAUCCAAGUCGCCCGUAGAACAUCAUCCAGCUUCAAGCAUGUAAAGAACAACAAUCUUGUCUCCAAAUCGCCGUUCAAGUCUCAGAUCCCCACGCCUGCCACUGGGGGUGUUCCAGCGCUUCCCCGCCCGCACGCUUCUCCCACUCGCCGUGUCUCUGGCGAGAAAAGGCCUCGGCCGCAGAGCAUUCAUGAUCAGGCGGAAGCAGAGAACGACAGACCGUUCUCAUUCAAGCGAGAGAGGCGCCAAUCCAAGACUUUUGAAGGGCUCAUCCAGAAGGAGCCAGUCACGAAGAGCCCCUUCCGACAGCUUGAGCCCGGAUGGAAAGGACCUGCUCAGACAACUCCAGUGCCCCCGGUGCCACAGACACCAUCUCGCAUCCCAGUGCCUGCAUCGGCGUCCACGACUUCAGCAUCACCGAUCCGCUCUUCCCUCGUAACCAAGCGUAUGCAUGGACCCCGCUCGAGUGGCAAUCUACGCCGUGAACAAGAGCGUCGGAAGACCGUCACCUUCAACGAGUCGUGCGAUGUUGUUGAGUUCGACCCGCAUGAAGAUGGCACCCCGGACACGACCAUGUCCAGUGUCGAUCAAGAUUUGGACCAAGAGGAUGACGAUACGGAAGACUUCUUCGCUCCCGAACAGGAGCAGAUUCCUCCGCAGCACGAGUCGUCAUACGAAAGCAUCGACCUGUCCGACACUUCGCUGUUGCCGGAGACCUCGCUGCCGUUGGAACUGGACCCGGACACGAGCAUCACGGGUCUUGUUGAUGCAAUGUUCUCAUCAAAUGAGGCGGCUGUGACUAGUACGCCACCAGGUUUAGGGUCUUCGUUCACGAGAACUUUUGCAUACACACCAGACCACCCGACGGACCUCGACACUGAAGAUGGCGUGCCAUUUGGUCGGUCCCACCACGCGUCGCGGACUGCUGCGUUCCAUCAAGAGCAGCACAAUACGCCCCAUCUUCCCCCCAUUCCACAGCCCCAACUUGGCAGUCGCCCUCUUCCAUUCCCUGAGCACCCGACCGCCCACACCCCGCCUCGACAUCCUCGCGAUCCACUCGAAACGCCGCCGUUGGGGCGGUCGACUCACUUUGAACGUCGUCAUGCAGUCACACAAGAGGAGGCAAAGAUUGCUCAGGAAGAUGAUGACGUCGCCGCACUCCCUGGAUCCCCUUCUCCAAUGAAACCUCAUCAGACUAGUGUCGUCGAGAUUGGACUGACGCGGUUCUCGCUGCCUAGCGGUGGGGGCAUGGACGAGAGCCCUGAUCCCUUCGCUAUGCCCAAGCUCCAAGAUGAACCGUUGCCAGGAGAGGACAGCCGUGAGAUCAGCAUAGGUCGCUCGGAGGUCAACGAGAUUCUACGCAGUGCCAGCGCCAGUCCCAUGCCAAGCCCCAGCCGUAGCCUGCGUCCUCGAAUCAGCCGAGAAGAUGUGCAAAGACGGCUUUUGCGUGCUAGAAGUACUAGUCCGGAAAUCGACAUCGAACAACCCGUUGCGCAGAUGGAGACUGUUGAAGAGCAAGACAGUGUUCAGGAGAGUGUCGAGGAGGAGGAGGAAUCGCACAGGGACGAAUCACAGGAGCAAGCGGAUGACUCGUUUAUGUCAGCGGAGGAUGAAUUCAAAGAGGAGCGGGAAGCCGAGGCUGAAUACGAAGCUGCCAUGUCCCGGGAGCAGGAGGAACGGGAAGGUAGUGCGAGCACGGAGAUCGGAAUCGUUGGAGUGGCUGAGAAGCGGCUGCUCUAUGAUCUCCCUUCGACUCCAACUUUCCAAGUGCAGGCCCCGUCACCGCCUCAUCACUCGCUCUCGCCGCCGAUCGAGUCCGAGCAAGAAUUGGGUCUGAACCUGGGGCUGGAUUUCGGCAGUCGUUUUGGCUUGGGCAAGCUGGGUAUUACUGGCUUGGGAAAUGGCAGCGUCAACUCGCAAGAUUCGUUGCAGGCUGCCGAGCGACUCGAACCGGAGCGGAUGGCUGUUGAUAUGGACAUGCGCAGUGCGCUGGAUCGCUUGAUGGACGAUGUCGCCAGUGUCGGUGGCUCCUCAGUUAUCGAACAGCAAGAAGAAUCUAUGCGCACCGAGGAUACUCUGCCUGACGACUCUCUCGAACUCCCUCAAGGCCAUCCAGUCACGCGAGCGGCGACAGAUUCAGUGCUCGAUCUGCGGCACAGUGGGAGUAGUGCUUCGUUGUCGUCCAUUCCACCUCCGGUGCCGCCGAAAGACAACAUCCGCUCCAGGGAGGCGCUGAUCUUGGAGAAGCGACGCGAAUUACGUCGGCUUGACGAAGAUGACUACGAAGAAGCUCCUCAGCGGCUGGCUGUCGGCCGACCCAGUGCGCGCCGAAGCAUGAGCACCGGGGAUGUGGACGACAUAACUAAAUUACGUGCCAAAGAACUGCUCGAUCUCAGCAAAGAAGAUCUGUUGGGGACUAGCAUUGAGAAGGCUUUGACGAGGCCUGAGGAGCCUCGCAAGCCGAAAUACCAUGUUCAUGAGCACGAAGAGAUGAUCUAUGCGUCGUCAUCUGAUCAAGAGCGCAUCUCUCAUUUGGCUGCCGCCGGUGACAUCAAUGCGGGCAAAGCUUGGAAGACUGUUCGCCGUCCCUCAGACAUGAACGAGUAUUCCAAGCAAAUCAAAGAGUACCGUGCCAUGCAAGAUCCGGGCAAAGCAUGCGGCAAAGUUUUUGUUAAAGUUAUCGGAGUGAAGGGCAUGCAUCUUCCUCUCCCGAAUGAGCCCACGGCGGUGACGUGUACACUCAAUAACGGGAUCCAUUUUGUGACCACGCCCGAAACUGCGCUUGGGCGGGAGACGAGGAUCGAGCAAGAGUUUGAGCUCAUCGAAAGCGCGAAAUUGGAAUUCACCAUGUCGAUCAAAGUCCGGCGAGACCCUCAUAUUAUCUCGCAAUUCCGAGCACUGCAACCGGCUCCAGCUGUGAUCGCACCGGUUGCACCAGCCCGUCCGCCGCCUGUUGUCCAACAAACUUCGUCGAAGAGCGGUUUGCGCUUCUGGGCCUCUUCGCCGAAGAAGAAGGACAAAUUGAUUGCUGCAGCGCCACCCCCGCGACCCAUGGCACCUGUUGCUGCUGCGGCACCGGCCAGGUUACCUGAGAAUCUUGCGCGGUAUCUUAAGCCUGAUGGGACGCUGGCGCGUGCGUUUGUUGCCUUCAAAGACAUUGCGUCUCGGUGUGACACGCGGUUAUUCGAGACGAGCUUCCCGUUGAUUGGGCAGCGCACGGAAGUGGGUGGUAAGACAUCUACGCUGCAAGUCGGCGAGCUGGUCCUGCAGAUCCUGCGACUUCCGCCACUGCCGAGCAUUCCGCAAGAGCAACUGCCCCAGAGCCUGGAUGAAUGUCUCCGGGGCCUCCGACAUAUCAAUUGGCACAAGGUGACCUAUUUCCAGGGCACCCUCACCCAAAACGGGGGGGACUGCAGCACCUGGCGGAGGCGGCAAUUGCGUGUGAUCGGAAGCAAGUUGGUCGCAUUCAACGACGUUACGAAACGAGCGACUGCGACGAUCGAUCUCAGCAAGGCUAUUGCAGUGGAAGACAACCAAACACCCCGCGGACCGCUCAGCCCGGCAUCUGGAAUGUCGCGUGUCAGCCAGUACGACGAGUACGACGGCUUGUGCGGUGUCGAGCGGUCUUUCCGUCUCAUCUUCCCUCACGAACAAGAGAUCCUCUUCUUUGCUGAUUCUGACGAGGACAAGGCCAAAUGGUUGGAGGUCCUCCGGGCUCUGGUUGGGCAUAUACCGCCUUAUCCUUUGUGGGGCGAGCUACUAUGGCAACGGCAAGAAGACUUGAGACGUCGACCGGCCUGAUAUGUUAUGUCCCUUUUUCGCUUUCUUGUGCGCUAGGCCUCCAUGCUUUCGAAUAUCUUACAGCCAUCCUCUUGUACUUUAGUUAUCCCGUAUGUAUAUGCGACCAGUCUCCAUAAUAGAUCUGGUUUGAAACACCACCUCGGAAGAUGGGAUUCGUCUCAUGGCGUUCGCUUCCAUCAAUUCUCUUAUGCGAGUUGGUUGGGAGACCCA